UUAAAUAAUGCUUUGCUGAAGAGCUGUGAGCUGUGUGGUCGUGGGUUUCCAACCUACGCACAGGUCGCAGGUGUGCUCUGAUCGGCUCGGCCAGCCGAAAUAAAUCUUGAAACGCUCAGGAAUGCCGCCACCGGUGGAUUUCAUGCGCAAGAAUCGCGUGAAACUCUCCUUCCUUGCCGUCGUGAUUGUGGUGGUGCUGACUCUCACCCUUUUCUCGUCAUCCUGGAGCCACGACCACGACCAAGAGGAGGCCAGAGUGGUCCUGCAGGAAAGCGUCAAUGAGCAGAUCAGAGCGGCAAACCGCACUUCGGGGAAUUCCACGGUCGUAUUUGCCUCGGUGAUUUUUCGGCAUGGAGACCGAAACCCAACUAAUGGAUACGAGACUGACCCUUACAAAAAUGGAUCUGAGUAUUUUGGUGGAUUUGGGGCGCUCACGCUGAAAGGAAUGAAACGCAUGUACCUGCUAGGAAAGUAUCUUCGAAAGAGAUACCAGUCCCUUAUUCCACCACUGUACCAGUUUGAGGACAUUUACGUCAUCAGCAGUGACGCGAACCGCUGCAUUAUGAGCGCCAACACUCUCUUGACCGCACUGUAUCCGCCUUUGCCAUUCGAGAAAAUCCACCCUAGCCUUGAUUGGCAGCCGAUUCCAGUUCACACAGUACCUAGAGAUCAGGACAAGGCUGUGAGUGCCAAGGCUCCAUGUCCGAAGUAUACGGAAGCACUAGAGUGCGUUUACAACAGUUCUUACUCAGUCAAGAUCAACACGGACAACCGCGAACUGCUAGAAAUGCUGACCUUGAAGAGCGGCCAGCCUGUUGAGAAUUACGCACAGGCUGAGUCUCUUUACAACACUGUCGCCCUGCAGAAAGAACUGGGCCUGAAACUCCCUGAAUGGGCCACUGAUGAGGUCCUCGAGCGCAUGAAACAACUCGCCAUUGAUUCGCUUGCUGCCUUUACGCACACCAAAUUCAUGCGGAAAAUUCGAGGAGGUCCUCUCUUAGCUGAAUUGAGGGACAGAUUGAAGCAAAAACGAGCUGCUUCAAGCCGAUUAAAAAUGCACUUGUUUUCUGGCCACGACCUAACCCUGAUCAACCUGCUACGCACCUUGGGCUUCGUGGAGACACGCUGGAAACCGGACUUUGCCGCUACCCUCAUUCUGGAGCUCCACGUAAUUGACCAGAAGCACAUUGUUCAACUGUGGUACAAUAAUGGAUUCGCCGAGGAGUCGACCUUUGAACAGCUGCAGCUGCCUGGCUGUGACCUCGACUGUACCUUGGAUGCAUUCCUAGAAGCCACGCAGGACGUGACGCCUCUCACCUGGAUCCAGGACUGCACGACUGGACCAACCGAUAGUGAUGCUUGCUCUUAAAGCUUUUGUCAUUUUUCUAGCACGUUCCUCUCAGAACCUGUAUUGGUGCCUUAUGCUUUACUAAUGUUCUCUAAAUCAUGAUAUAUUGUAUUUUUGUAAAGUUGUGUUACAAAGUAGAUAAAUAUUUUUAAAAUGCAUUUUCCUCUGUGAAACUUUGAUAAGACUGCAGGAAAAGUAAAUGGCAUAGUUAAAACUAGCGUUCAAAUGAAAUUGGCCUUCCCAGUUGAGUUGUUUUGACGUCAGAAAACGGUGAAACAGGAAGUAGUGGUGAAUCGUCAGUUGUAGCCUGCAUUAACGCUGCGAUUUUUACAAUUUAAAUUGUAAAAUGAAGCCUGUGAAAGUGGUGUUGGUGAUCACGGUGUUUCUCUGCCUCAUGUUUUCGGUCUGAGAACAUUUUUAAAAUUUAAAUUUUCUAAAGCUUUUAAAUGCAGGCUGCAGGGUUUGCAUUUUAUGAUCGACUCUUGGAAGGUUUGUAAGAAAGACAAAAAAUGGGUAUACCUAUGUAAUUAUUUAAAAUUCAGGAAGUAAGAAGCUGAAGUUGGAGAGAGAAAUGGGAAUUCGUCAUUAGCUCUUGCUGUCAACUAAUUAAUAAAUUUGGCAAAUUGAAA